AGUUCAAAACGAAACGACGUACUAACGUUAACAAGUACAAAAAGUAUUUUUUAAUUAAUUUAUUAAGAAGUUAGUGACUAUUUAAAACAGACAAAAUGGGCGAAUUCACUUGGGUUUCCACAAAUGUCUACAGCGACUUGCCACCCUUUGCCAUGCAUGCCGGCCACGACGCGGAUGGCGAUCCAAUCUACGUUGGACGCGCUUACCACAACGGUGACGUCUUGCCAGCCAAAAUCGUACCAAACAAACAACAAGCGUACGUGGCGUGGGGCGGUGAAGAGAUCAAUAAGCAAGACAUCGAAGUGUUGACUGGCCAACAUUACAACUGGGUACCUGCCAGCGGUGGUGGUGUGCCACCAUAUGCAUUCCGCGUCGGUCGCACAAACGACGGUGAACCGCUAUACAUUGGACGUGGCCAUUGGGAGGGUAGUCUGACACCUGGCAAAGUGCAUCCAUCACAUGGCUGCCUCUACAUACCGUUUGGUGGACGUGAACAUCGCCUCGAUAACUACGAAGUACUGGUACAACCGGAGACUUGGGUAAACUCGUCUGGUUCCAAUAUUAUACCGGGCACCAUUCAUGCCGGCCAUGAUGCUGAUGGUGAUGAUAUCUUUGUGGGACGUGCCUAUCAUGAGGGUGAUUUGUUGCCUGCUAAAGUUAUACCCAGAAAGGGUUGCGCAUACGUGCCCUAUGGUGGUCGCGAAGUUGUCAAGCAUGAUUUUGAGUUGUUAACCGGUUACGGCUAUGGUUGGGUGCCCGAUGCAAAUGGUUCGGUGCCACCAGGCGCGGUUAUUUGUGGACGCACCAGUGACGGUGAACCCUUAUACAUUGGUCGUGGACACUAUGGCGGUAGCUUCACACCCGGCAAAAUUCAUCCAUCUCACGGCUGCUUGUAUAUUCCUUUCGGUGGUCAGGAGAUAACCCUCACCAAUUACGAGGUAUUGGUACGCGCCUAGAAAAUUGACCUCUAGCAAGUGUCUCAUGUUGCGGUUAACAACGCAUCCAUAACUCAAAAACUCAUAAGCAAUGUAGAAUAAAGUCACACAUUCACUUAUAAUAAAUAAAAAAACGUCAAUGUACGUUUUCUAAUUUU